AUGCAGCAAAUGCAAACGACCUUCAAUGUGCGCAUGGAACCCAUCAAAACCCACGAGGAUUAUCCGAAAUACGCUCGUUCAGAAACGAAGCCCGUCGUCCGCGCACGCCAUAUCGUCGACCAAGGCGAUAUCAGCGACCACCCUUGCACUGCUUGUGUGGAACUCGAGCAAGAUUGUUAUCGUUGGGAGGGGACCUUUAGCAAAUGCGCGUACUGUACGAGUAAGGAUAAGAAGAGGGAGUUUUGCCAUUUACCGGGGCAGGAGGCUUCAUCGGUGCCGGAGAGGAGGAAGCGGAGGAAGAUAAUGGGGAACAUAUACGCUCCGGGCGGCGAGGCUGCGAGUACGGCUGAUACGAUGAUGUCUGGUACACUCGUCACCGGCGCGCUCGCUUCCGGAACGACACCCUUUCCCGGCAAUCCCCAUGUCCGGGACGAGGAGCGUGCGCGGGGGAGCAGCCCCAAGUCUCGAUCCCGCCUCAGCCGUGACGGGGAAAUCCGACACGCGGGUCCGAGCCCCCGCGGCCGCGGAGGCCGGUUCGGAAGCCACGCUGGAGCGCGUCACGGCCGCCAGCUCGACACCCCGACUGCAAGCCGCGGCCGGUGCGUCCCCGACGACCGGCAGUAUCACGUUUGGAGAUCUGCAAGCUCGACACCUCGCGGAUGCGCGCCGCCGCCGCCCGUUCAUGUUGCCACCGCGGCGCAUCUCGCCACGAGGGAGUGGGUGGAAGGGCCGAAGACGCCGGAGCUCCCGGAUGCAUCGUCUGCUAUGCAGGUUGCUAUUAGGGAGAGGGUCGAAGAGCGGAAAACGCCACCAAUGCCGGAGCAUACGAUUGAGCAUCCGGAGGGGUAUAGGCCGGUUAAUUGCAGUUGUACGAUGCUGUGGUCGCCCGAGGUUGAUGCGGUUAUGCCGAGGGAGGCGAAUGCUGGAGCUGAUGCGAACGCGUUCCCAGUCGAUGGUAUUGCGAGCCGGGGGAAUCUGUUCUAG